CUCGAAUGUCAAAUUGAAUCAUGAUCAUGAAUGAUGAAUGUUGAAUAGUCGAUGGUCGGGUUCGUUUUUUCCACGAUUGUAUCGUUUUGUUCGUUCCUAGCUCGUUCGUAGUGUUCAGAGAGAGAAUGAGGACUUGAUGAAUCAUUGUGAAUGAUAAAAAUAAGCUCAACUGAUAAUGUAGAGGUGGUGAAAGUGGUGUAUGAGUACGAUCAUUUUGUUAUAGAAAAAUUGAUAAUUGAUACCUACUUUGAAGUGAUAGAAUCGUACAUAAACUCUAGUUUGGUGUAUUGGUGUCAUCAGGACAAAAAUGGCUUUUAGUAAAAACAUUAGGUAUCUACCAAGGACAUUGCAGUGUUUUUGUUGCUUCCUCAUCUUUUCAUCUAUUGCUAUAAGCAAGAUAUCGGCAGCUACUAACAACGAUUCGGCGAGCCGCCGAGACGCCUCCAAAGGCCAGUGCGUCUGGUACGGCGAAUGCAACCUCACGCCCGUCAGCAACACCAAGCAAAACUGUCCCUACAACGGUCCACCGAAGCCCCUUAACGGUACCGGCAUCGAAAUACUCAAGAGAAGAUGUCCCGACAUAGAUCCCGCUUUGACGUGUUGCGACUCGGACCAGCUCCACACCCUCGAAAAAAAUCUGGAGUUGCCGGAUACGAUGCUGGGAAGGUGCCCUUCCUGUAUGGCGAAUUUUCUGAGACACAUCUGCCACAUGACCUGCUCACCGAACCAGGCCGAGUUCAUGAAAGUGAACAGCACCACCGUGAAUCCCAAAACGAAUAAAACUUAUAUCACGGAACUUGAUGUCUACAUCUCCAACGAGUAUAUCACUGGCACUUUCAACUCUUGCAUACAGGUCAGUGUGCCGUCCACUGGUCGCAAGGCACUGGAUUUGAUGUGUGGAGAUUGGGGAGCCUCCAGAUGUACCCCCCUUAGGUGGUUCAUGUAUAUGGGGAAUAAGAAGACACCGCAAGUGCCGUUCCAGAUAAAUUGGCAUAAUCAGACGGGUAGUAAAAAGGGUUUUGUUCCCAUGGAUCCGACAACUGUUCCUUGCAGUAAGGCUUUGAAUGCGAACACACCAGCAUGCAACUGUGUGGAUUGUGAAGACAGCUGUCCUGCACCACCACCUCAGCCUCCACCACCCCAACCAUUCAAACUUGCUGGAUACGACGGUUAUGCGUUUUUGAUGGUUGUCGUAUUCGUCGUGGGAUCUGUCAUGUUUCUGGUGAUGGUCACCGCUUGUUCCAGAAGAACCGAUGAUUUGGGAGUCAAAAUGCACAACUAUGAGAGAGAACUGUUCCAAACUGAACCGGAGAAUAGAGCAGAGGAAUGUCAAGUGGGUUUGGUGAAUGGGCACAGAUCGGACGAACUUCGGGCAUCGGUUGCCCGCCGGCUGGCAGUCGCCGACCAUCACUCGUCCCAGGUGGCGCUGGGAGAAGGGGAGGAGAGCCCCCUACAGUCCUCCAAGAGAUCUAGUAUGACAUCCGAAAUGGGACAUGAACUCGAAACACACUCAAUCAACAAAUCAUCCGACGACUACGACAAGCCGUCUUCAUUCAUUGAAAAAUUAGGUGCGAACACUGACACUUACCUACAAAAAGGAUUCGAGAAAUGGGGAACCUUCUGUGCUGAGAGACCUUGGUUGAUUUUGUUCUUAGGGGCUUGUUUAGUCAUGGGUCUCGGACAUGGAAUAAAAUAUCUGAAGAUCGUCACUGAUCCAGUGGAAUUAUGGGCUUCUCCAACAUCCCGAAGUCGUGUAGAAAAAGAAUAUUUUGACAGCCACUUUGAGCCUUUCUAUCGCACAGAAAUGGUCAUCAUAAGGGCUGUUAACCUCUCCUACAUACACCACAACACUUCUGAUGGCAUAAUAACUUUCGGUCCUGCUUUCAAUGACACGUUUUUGAAAUCAGUUCGAGAACUUCAAGAAAAAAUAAAAGCUGUUGGAGAGGGAACCCCAUACAGUUUUGACAAAAUCUGUUUUGCUCCCUUGAGAAAAGAGGAUCAGUCUGAUACGUCAGUGGAAGAGUGUGUCGUACAAAGCAUUUGGGGCUAUUACCAGGAUGAUGUUGAUAACUUUGAUGAAACCGGUUUUGAUCCUCUACACUAUCCAACUAACUAUUUGGACAAAUUCAUCAAGUGUGCUAGCAACCCAUAUGACCCAUUGGACUGCCUCGCCCCAUUUGGCGGUCCCGUCGACCCGGCCGUCGCGCUCGGAGGAUUCCUCCAACCCGGCGAGUCUCUGGCGAAAGAUCCCGACUACAAAAACGCCACCGCUGUUAUUCUAACCUUCAUCGUGAACAACUACCACAACAAAUCGCUGUUAUCUCCCGCCAUGGAAUGGGAGAAAGAGUACAUAGCGUUCAUGAAGAAUUAUACUGAACAUGAGAAGCCCUAUUUCAUGGACUUGGCGUUCACUUCUGAGAGGUCCAUCAUGGAUGAAUUGGAUCGUGAGAGCCAAAGCGACGUGCUCACCAUUUUGAUAUCGUACUUGAUUAUGUUCGUGUACAUCGCUGUUUCGUUGGGGCAGGUGAAUAGCUGUUCGAGGUUGCUGAUUGAUAGCAAGGUGACACUCGGGCUCGGAGGUGUCAUAAUAGUAUUGGCUUCGGUCAUCUCCUCGGUCGGCAUGUUCGCAUUCAUCGGCAUCCCGGCCACUCUUAUCAUUAUCGAGGUCAUCCCCUUCCUCGUCCUCGCCGUCGGCGUCGACAACAUCUUCAUCCUCGUGCAGACCCACCAGCGGGACACACGCAAACCGAACGAGACGCAUGCGCAGCACAUCGGCAGGACGCUGGGCCAGGUGGGGCCCUCCAUGUUGCUGACCAGCGCCUCGGAGAGCUGCUGCUUCUUCUUGGGCAGCUUGUCGGACAUGCCGGCGGUGCGGGCGUUCGCGCUGUACGCCGGGAUGGCGCUGCUGUUCGACUUCCUGUUGCAGAUCACGUGCUUUGUGAGCCUGUUGUCGUUGGAUACGAUUCGUCAAGCUGGGAACAGAUUCGAUAUCUUCUGCUUCAUCAGAGGCUCAAAGAAGAAUGAACCAACUCCAGCCGGACAAGAAGGCAUACUCUACACCUUUUUCAAAUCCAUUUACGUUCCUGUGCUCAUGAACAAAUCCGUGAGAUGUGCCGUGAUGAUAAUUUUCUUCGGAUGGCUUUGUUCAUCGAUCGCCAUAGUGCCUCACGUGGAAAUAGGCCUCGAUCAAGAACUGUCAAUGCCCGAAGACAGUUUCGUGUUGAAAUACUUCAGAUUCCUCAAAGAUUAUCUGAGUAUCGGACCUCCGAUGUACUUUGUGGUGAAGAGUGGAUUGAACUAUAGUCAGCCUGAGGCGCAGAAUCUGAUUUGUUCUGGGACCUAUUGCAAUGUGGAUUCUUUGGUUACGCAGAUAUAUGGGGCCAGUAAGAUUCCUGAGACGACUUAUAUUUCCAGGCCUAGUACCAGCUGGUUGGAUGAUUACUUCGACUGGGCUGAUACUCCUAAUUGCUGCAAAUUUCGCAAGGAUAACCAUGGGUUUUGUCCUCAUGACAAAUCCGGUUGUCUCCCUUGCAACAUCACCUUCCGUCCAGACAACCACCGACCUGUAACAGAAGAAUUCGAUCGCUACGUCUCCUUCUUCCUCCGCGACAAUCCAGACGACGUAUGCCCCAAGGCAGGUCACGCGGCAUACGGCCAAGGAGUCAACUACAAACUCGACGCGACCACCCAACUUUCCGAAGUGGGCGCGUCCUAUUUCAUGGCCUACCACACUAUACUGAAGUCUUCCGAGGACUAUUACGAAAGCAUGCGAGCAGCUAGAAAAAUUUCAGCUAACUUGACAAACACCGUUGGUGUAGAAGUAUUUCCCUAUUCCGUCUUUUACGUUUUUUACGAGCAGUACUUAACCAUGUGGCCUGACACUUUGUUCAGUCUGGGGGUGAGCUUGUUGGCCAUUUUCCUAGUGACUUUUCUGCUAAUGGGACUCGACCUCUUCUCGAGUCUGGUCGUCAUUAUCACGAUAACCAUGAUCGUGGUGAACUUGUGCGGGCUAAUGUACUGGUGGAGCAUAUCUUUGAAUGCGGUGUCGCUGGUCAAUUUGGUCAUGGCUGUUGGAAUAUCAGUGGAAUUCUGCUCUCACUUGGUGCACUGUUUCUCGGUGUCUAUACAGCCCAGUAGAGUGGAUAGGGCGGCGGACGCCCUCACGCGCAUGGGCAGUUCGAUAUUUUCCGGAAUUACACUUACCAAGUUCGGAGGCAUCAUCGUGCUGUACUUCGCCAAGUCGCAGAUAUUCCAGGUGUUCUACUUCCGGAUGUACUUAGGGAUCGUGUUGUACGGAGCUGCACACGGAUUGAUUUUCUUGCCUGUGUUGCUCAGCUUUAUAGGCGUGAUGCCCAGACGACGGAGAAUCCAAAGUCAACCACAUCUGGAGGGACCAACAGAGCCAACGGUGGUGUCACCUUUGCUGCCAUCCACAUCGCAGAUUAGCUAUGAUGCUAUAGUGCCUGCAUACACCUAACCACAAUUUCAUUCAACUAAUUCUAAAAAAUAUUUUAGUGAAUAUGUCAUGGUAAUGACACAAAUGUAUUGUGAUAUUCUCUCCAAGUGUGUGCGUGCGUUUAUCGUCCGAGAUGCACAGGGUUCAGUUAUAUUAAUUAUUUUAACUAAACCCUGUGUGGUAUUGAUAGAAUAUUCAUUAAGUAGUUAAUAUUCAACCAAAGUAUUUAGGUAAAGGUAUAAAUGUCUGCUUAGAGGUUGUUUUCGGUUAUGUUAUCCUCAAAUAUUUCUCAUAACUAGUCUACAUUUCUUUUUUUGUGUCCAUGAAUUGUGUCGUUUGAGCAAAUAUAUUUUUAUAAUCAGUUCUUGAAAUAUUUCUAAUUAUCUAGGGGCUGGUUAACUUGACGAGGAAUCACCUCUCUCAACUCAUCAGCUACAUUACCAUGGAUAUAAACAAAUUUAAUACGAAUAUUUCAUCAUUUGUCGACUGCUUCAUGCGAUCGGCGCUAGAUGUUGAGUGCAGUUAUAUCAUACCUAAAUUUUUGAAUUAAGAAUUGAUUUGACAACUGCAGCUUUUAUGUUGUUUCUUCAAUAUUUUGAUUGCAGACUCUGAUGUAAUCUUCUGAAAUGGUUGAGGUGAGUUGAGCUGAAUCACUGACAUAUCAUCAGAAUGUUAAGAUAAAUAGAAAGGUGUCAUCACCAUAAUGAGUUCGACUAGUUGGAGUGGGGUAAAUAGAUUAACUGGUUUCCUAUAUUUAUUAUUUUUGUGUAUGAUAACCAAACUUCUAGAAUAGUCCUUUUGGAGAGAUUGGCAGUUCUACUUAUUCACAUCAGUCUCGUUACCUCCAUGGAAUUUUUUUGUUCAUUAGAUCAAUCAAACUCAUUUUGUCCUUAUUUGAAUCGUACAUACAACAAUUAAUUAUUCAAUGUUGUUCUAAGUACUAAGUAAGAUAAUCUUCAAGUAAAAAUAGUGUGUCAAGCGUAUGUUCAUUUAUAUAUUAAAAUUAUUCGUAUAUUAUUCUUUUUGCUUGUGCAGUAUUGUGAUAAAUAUCCUUAUUGAAUUGUCAGUAAAAAAAUUAAUGUCUAAUACUACUCAGAACUCACAGCCAAAGCAACUAUGUAUUUAUCUGUAAAAAAUAUUUUAUAUAAAUGACAUUGAAGUACCUACUUAUCAUAUUCGAUGAAAUUCGUCAUUUCUGAUGAACCUUAUUAUUUGUUUCUUGACAAAAUUAUUUCAAUAUCUUUCCAAGGUAGGUAUCUACACUUACUAGUAUUAAUUAUGUUAUGUCAUCUGAAAUAUGUAUGUGAAAACCAUUUGAACAAUUGACCAUAUGGAUUAGCUAUGGAUUGCUUUUGUUCUGCUCGAGAGUUCUCAGGUUGGCAACAAUCUGAAUUUGUCAUUAGCAUUAAUGUCAUCACUGUUGAUUGUCAUUAUGAGGAAAUUCGAAUUAAUAGCAAAAAUAUUUUUACUUUGUAUUGUUAACUCAUAACCUAUAACCUAUUUACAUUAUUUACAAUAUUGCAGUUGUUCAACUUAUAGAAUUGAUGAAAUAAUAUUCCCGAAAAAGUGCAGAAGCAUUUGAAUUUCCCGGUAUCAUCCACAAUAAUGACAAAUUGUUGCCAGCCAAAGAACGCACAAAAAUACAACCAAUAGCCAUUACUUAUGGUGAAUUGUUCAUCAACUUCCAUUAUAGAUCUCCGAAGUCUUGAUUUUUAUUUAGGAAAUGAAGUGUUACCAUGAAUUGGAUAUUUAUUAAUAAAACAUUGUUGAAGUAUUGUGAUGAAUGUCAAAUAUGGAAUUCAUGUUAUAUUCAGUAUUGAAUUGAAUACAGUGACGGUCAGAAAGUUUUCACCAUAUGGACAUGUUGAAAAUAAUUUUUCAGGAAAAUUAUUCUGUUGAUAUCACCUAUUAAAAAACUUCAGAAAAUGUGGGUGAGAUUAUCGCUGCUAUUUCGAUAAACAGGGUAGGAAUGAACAUAUUUGUUCGAAAUCCAAUACUUAUUAUCAAAUUCAGAUUAAAAAUAUUUGGACAAUCACAAAAAAUGAAAUCAAUAAAACCGCAGUUGACAAACUUUAGUCAACUUCAAAUCAUGAACAUCUGAUAUAUUGAUAUUGUUCAAAGAUGCAAUUGCCACCCUAUAAUAAAAUCAGUCUUUCAACUUUAAUAAAUCGAAAAAAUGUCGAGAUUUUGAUCUUGAUCGGUUUUCUGGCACUGUUGUUUUUUUUUAUAUUGUACAGCUACUCAAGUUGGUCACGUGGGAAAUUUGUUUAUUAUUGAUUUUACGAAAAAGUUAUUCUUCAUAAAGAGUUAACCGAAAAUGCAAAUAUCUAAUAUCAAAUUUUUUCAGUCGUAUACGAGGUAUGUCAAAAUAUAUUAAUUUUGCUAAAAUGUAAAGUGCCUCAAUUUUUGACAUUAUCGAAAAUUCAAAAAAGUUCACUAGGAUUGAAUACGUUCAAAAAUCUAAAUACAUCUAUCUUCGAUGAAAAUUAGGUUUUACUAUUGCUUACCAUUUCUGAUCGAUUUUUAUGGUGAACUUUUUUUUUAUCAGUUUUUCGGUCAUAAGUCAUACUUCAUGAAAUGCGCUACAAUGCCUAAAAACAAAAAUACAAAUAUCAUGAUUUAAAAUCAGUUGUGUCAAAAAUUUUUAAAUAAAUUGUUAACAGUAAUAAAACCUAAAGUUCUUUGUAGACAGAUGUAAUUAGAUAUUAACAUCAAUUAGAACGUAGUUAUUAAUUCGAGUAAACUUUUUCCAAUAACAAUUUUCGAUAUUGUCGAAAAUAAAGGUAUUUUACUGUUGAGCACAAUUAAUGUUGUUUUACAUACCUCGUAUAUAAUUGGAAAAAUUGCAUUUUCGGUUUUAGACCAUGCAAGAUUUUUUAUUCGUAAAAUUAAUAAUAAAAAAGUUUCCCAUAUGUAGCAAACUUAAGUAGAUAGUCAAGUUGUAUGUUUGGCACAAUAAAUUUAGUUUUUGGUCCAUUAGAAUGUAGUUAAUUUCAGUUUCUUUUCUAUUCAUUAGGAUCUUCAUGUUGAUUAUUCAUCUUACUGAAACAAGUUCAUGAUAGAUAACAAGCUUAUUGCAUUUAUAUCAUUUACAGGGUGUUUAUUUUGAAAGGUGUGAUAAAUUUGAAGAAUAUAUUUCUAAAGAACUUGCUGUGUUUGGCACUGUUCAUUUUUGCUUAAUUUUUAUUCACAUUAACAAUAUUUCCACUGAGUUAGAGUGCCUCGAACAUCUCAUAUCACGACCUUUGUAGAGUGUGGACACACUUAACAUGAUAUCUUAGGUAAUCUUUCAUUGAACGAGUGCAGACAUACUAGAGAGUUGAAGUGUUGCCAUGAACGUUAACGUAAACGUAGAAAUUGACAGCUACGCAUGCGCAUUCUUCAAUUCUUCACGUUCGCGUUGGUAGUGGGCUUGCAGGUGUACGUUAUCUCACGUACUUUCACGUAUACCUUAAAUAUCAACGUAUGGUUACCAAACGUCAAAAUUAUUGAGUUCGGGGUCCCCAAAGAGUUUUGCAUCAAGGAGUACUCUCAUUUUAACAAGAAUAAAUGUUCGGAUCUAAUCACACAACCAAAAAUGACCAAAACAAACCGAAAACAAAUUGUAUUAUUACAUUACGAUGACAGUGACGAACAAAGUGACGACUUCAGCUCAAUUUAACGACAAUACGUAAACGUUAUUUUUCUUACGUUAACGUCCACGUGGAGGUCUACGUACAGUGAUUACUUCAACUCUCUAUUAUUAUUUGAAACCCUGACAGUUGCCUAACACCAAAGGAGCAUCAAGCUCAAUUUGUAGUUAUAUCAAUAUUAUUCCAUGAAAUGAAUAUUGGAAUCUGAAACGUUGAAGAAUACUUGAAAUGUCUUAUCCUCUUUGGAUAACUCAUAUGGUAACCAUAAUUCCUUAAAAAAAUUUGCAAUCCGUUACCGAACAAGACAUAUUCGAAAACAUUUUCGCGGAGACGCCUAUUCAAUUUCCAGAAGUGACGUUUUAAAUCUGAGAAUGACGACAAUUCGAAAAUGUCAGUAUGUUUGAGGCACUCUACAGUGAGUAAAUACUACAUUCUCAAUAGAAUGGCUUAUCUAUGUUGAAAUAACUUUCACAGGUUUCGCAUUUUUCUAUUAACAUUCCACAAAAAUUUAUAUUUCUGUCCGAUAAUGUUAUUUGUGUAUAUAUUUGAAAUUAUUUUGUAGCUUCAAAUUUUGUCGAAAUAUAUGUAUUUUUUAUGAA